GGCCAAACGGAUACGUCCGUCACGUGAACAGUAGCCGGCCAAUCCGGUUUGAAUCUCCUUUUUUUCCUCUCACCCCCCUCCCCCUUCAGGAGCGGUUGUGCGAUCAGAUCGAUCUAAGAUGGCGACUGUGGAACCGGAAACCACCCCUACUCCAAAUCCCCCACCUACAGAAGAAGAGAAAACAGAAUCCAAUCAGGAGGUUGCUAACCCAGAACACUAUAUUAAACACCCUUUACAGAACAGAUGGGCACUCUGGUUUUUUAAAAAUGAUAAAAGCAAAACUUGGCAAGCAAACCUUCGAUUGAUCUCUAAGUUUGAUACUGUUGAAGACUUUUGGGCUCUGUACAACCAUAUCCAGUUGUCUAGUAAUUUAAUGCCUGGCUGUGACUACUCACUUUUUAAGGAUGGUAUUGAGCCUAUGUGGGAAGAUGAGAAAAACAAACGAGGAGGACGAUGGCUAAUUACACUGAACAAACAGCAGAGACGAAGUGACCUCGAUCGUUUUUGGCUAGAGACACUGCUGUGCCUUAUUGGAGAAUCUUUUGAUGACUACAGUGAUGAUGUAUGUGGAGCUGUUGUUAAUGUUAGAGCUAAAGGUGAUAAAAUAGCAAUAUGGACUACUGAAUGUGAAAACAGAGAAGCUGUUACACAUAUAGGGAGGGUAUACAAGGAAAGGUUAGGACUUCCUCCAAAGAUAGUGAUUGGUUAUCAGUCCCAUGCAGACACAGCUACUAAGAGCGGCUCCACCACUAAAAAUAGGUUUGUUGUUUAAGAAGACACCUUCUGAGUAUUCUCAUAGGAGACUGCGUCAAGCAAUCGAGAUUUGGGAGCUGAACCAAAGCCUCUUCAAAAGCAGAGUGGACUGCAUUUAAAUUUGAUUUCCAUCUAAAUGUUGCUAAGAUAUAAGAGAAGUCUCAUUCGCCUUUGUCUUGUACUUCUGUGUUCAUAUUUUCUUUUUUUUUUGGCUAGAGUGUCCAUUAUCUCAAUCAAAGAAUUACAGUACACAUCAUCCCCAGAAUCCAUAAAUGUGUUCCUGGCCCACUCUGUAAUAGCUUAAUAGAAAUAACCAUUACAGACACAUUUGACCCAUCUACAAUAUUAAAAAAAAGAACUUGCAUUUCUGUACCUUACAAGAGAAUGAUUUUGUUUACGUUCCAUUGUAUGCAGGAGCAUAUUUUGCUGGUUUGAAAGAGUAUGAUGCAUACAGUUUUCUGGCAAUUUUCUUUGAUUCUUUUUACAGCAUUAUCUGUGCUGUACUCUUGCUGAUGGCUGCUAGAUUUUAAUUUAUUUGUUUCCCUACUUGAUAACAUUAGUGAUUCUGAUCUCAGUUUUUCAUUUGUUUUGCUUUAGUUUUUCUUUCUCAUGUAACAUUGGUGAAGGAUCCAGGAAUAUGACACAAAGGUGGAAUAAACAUUAAUUUUGUGCAUUCUUUGGUAAUUUUUUUUUAACUUAAAACUACAAUGCUUUGCUACAAAUUUAUGCAUUUCAUUCAAAUCAGUGAUCUAUGUUUGUGUGAUUUCCUAAACUUAAUUGUGGAUUAUAAAAAAUGUAACAUCAUAAUUACAUUCCUAAUUAGAAUUAGUAUGUCUGUUUUUGUAUCUUUAUGCUGUAUUUUAACACUUUGUAUUACUUAGGUUAUUUUGCUUUGGUUAAAAAAUUGGCUCAAGUAGAAAAGCGGUCCCAUUCAUAUUGAGACAGUGUACAAAACUGUAAAUAAAAUGUGUACAGUGAAUUGUCUUUUAGACAACUAGAAUUGUCCUUUUAUUUCUCCAUCUCUGUAGAAGGAAUUUGUAUUUCUUAUUGCAAGGCAGUCUCUAUUGUGUCUUCUCUUGUAGUGUCUUCCACAUGAAUAGCAGAAGUUUGGAGCAUUAGUUUGGUUAUUUUGUUUAUUUUAAUUUUUAAUAAAUUGAAUAGGUAGCAUCAUAUAUAUGAAAUUAAA